AUGUGCCGAAGAACAAAUUAUUUCUCCAAACUCUCUCCCGCCCUAGAUGGAAGUGCACUAACAAUGUCACAAGUAGAUAUAGAGAGAUUAGAGAAUGAGCUGAAAAUAUUGACGGUGAAGGAGAUCAACGAACAUCCGACUAAAAGCCGAGAAGAGCUGGCCUUAGAGUUUUUCCAAGUUGCAUCUUAUAAGGAGAGUGUUGGCCAGUUGAGUGAGGCCUCUGAUUAUUACUGGAAGGCCUUCAAGUUGGACGAUAAGGUUGACAAUAAAUAUAGAGAUAUACUUUUUAGUGCAAGAAGGGAGAGAGAAGCUGAAGGGAAGAAUUCCCAUGAAAAAUCCACUGUUAAAGUUGAGCCAUUGAAACUCAAUAAGGGACAACUCAAUAAGUUGCUUGACAGUUAUGCCAAAUGCAAGUUUAUAGCGGAGGAUGAGGAGAAGCCUGUAUUUUUUGAGAGGCUGCCAUACGAAGUCUUGCAACAUAUAAUUGAGGUUCUCAUUAUUCGAGAUACUCCAUCAUGGAUCAAUUUCAGUGUUGUAUGUAAGAGACUAGCAUAUAUGGGGUUCAGGGACAAGAAUGUAUGGAGUCUGUUAAGUAGGAUCGUCUAUGAACGACAGAAUUAUAGAGACAAUGACGAGGAAAGGUUUAAAUCGUUGAUCCGAAGCCAAUGGGGGAACAAUUACUACAAGAUGUUAAACGAGCGGCCAUAUUUGAAGUACCGAGGGGUAUAUAUAAGUAAGGUAACGUAUAUGAAGGAAGGAGCACGUAGUGAAAACUCCAACUCAUGGACUCUACCUUAUAAAAUGGUUUCAUAUUUUAGGUACUAUAGGUUUUAUGCAGACGGAACAUGUCUUAAGAUCAUCACAAUCUUGGAGCCAAAGAAGGUGAUCCCCAAACUGCACAAGGGGUAUACGGUGGACGAGGACGCCGAGCUGAUGAGGGAGAACGAGACAAACCAAGAGAAUACGGUUGAGUCCUUCAACAAGAGGAGUUGGUUGCGCAUCUUUGCAGGAAGAUAUACAAUCUCCUUACAGGGAGAUGUGGAGACUAACUGUGAUGGUCCUGUGGAGAAGUACCGGUUUAUCGAUAAGUUCAAGAUAGUCAACAGUGGCCAACACCAUCGCCAUAACAAGCUUGAAUGGGUUGAUUUGGGGUACUAUGAUACAGUCAAUGAGAGACACUCUUCUCUAAACAGGGAAAAUGAGAAAGAUUUCAUGUUCAGCAGAGUCAAAUCGUAUGGCUAUUAA